ACACUGCUGCAUUUGAAAAUACUGAUAUCGAAUCGCAGCAGGCGCUUGCCGCAAUUAAUUUAAUUUAAUUUUAGGCGAAUUUGCGACUGGCUAACGAUGCACAACGACGAGGUGCGAACGCCGCAAGCCCUCAAGAAUCGGUACUUUACGAAUCUCAGCGGGCUGAAGGGCCGGGCGCGCAGAAAUAGCCAGUCAAACAGCAACAAUGCGACGGCGUUGGCGACGCCAACGAAUGGCGGCAAGGAAAACGGAAAAUGCAGUCCCCAGAUGUCGGGAAAUGUGUGCACCCCGCCCCCGAAGAGGCUGCACAAGGUGCGGAAUCCCUUCGAGGGAGCGAUGGCCGAUCGCCUGCACCUGCCGCUGAUUGCGAGUCCUUCGCUUUUCCGCUCGCGAACUCCUCAGCUUUCGUCCACCCAGUUCGAGUGGAACAUUGACGAGGUCUCGCAACUCAAGCCCGCCGAUGUGGAGCCCCACGAGACGCAGUUCCACGACUCCCCGGAUCCCGAGCAGGAAUCCAAGGCCCAGCUGGCCAUCAGUGCCUUCUUCAAGGAGUCGCACAUUGUGCCGAGUCCCGUGGACUGUCCGCUGCGCAAACAGCGCAUCAUACUCAACCGCAGCGAGGAUAACACCCCGAUAUCGAAUAAGUCGCGCAGGAGGCGGGACUGCGAGGUGCAAACGGAGCUAACACUGCCACCAGUAUUGCCGAAAGCCCUGGAGGAUGCCCUGCGUCCGUACUUCCAGCCACAUCUAGCCGGCCGCCUCUCGGGCAGGAGCAAAUCGAGCGGCGGCCACGACAUCUUUAAUAGUUCCAUGCGCAGGAAACUCUUUGACCUGCACAAUGUCAUUGUCCUGGGCGAACAGGAUCCCGCCGAGCAGUCGUCGCCCAUGGUGGGCUCCAGUCCGCAGGGCAAGCAAACCAUGUUUGCCGGCAGACUCUCAGAUUCCGCGUCCGGCGAGGGAAGCUUCGGCUGCCUGUCGCCCAUUAGAAACCUCUGCGGUUUGCCGCCCGGAACCCCAGACGAUGGCAAUUGCUCGGGCAAGCGGAAGCUACUGAUGCAGGAACUGCAGGAACUGCCAUCGCCCAUAGCUCCCUCGGAGCAUCUGAGUCGCAAAUUGGUGUACUCCAAGGUGGAGGUCAGCGUCACGGAGCAGCAGGACACUUUGUCCGAGCGCACAGCCUUGAAAUUCACCCCCGACCGGAGUUCCUCGCCCAUGGGCGCACUGGAGCACUCGGAUUGCAGCAUCAAUCAAAGGGUUAGACGUUUGCGUGUGAACAGCACGCGACAGGUGAUUUUAGAGGCCGGGGAUCAGCCGCUGUUCGAGGAAACCGAAGAGGAGGAGGAAGAGGAGGUGGAAUCCGCGGACGACGAGGAGGAGGAGGAGGAGGCCGAGGCCAUGCAACUGUCCACGCUGAGCUUCAACUGCAGCUCCUCCAAUUCGGAUACUCCUCGCGGACAUAAGCGACAUCGUUCCGCCCAACGCAAGAAUCUCUCGCAGUCUUUCAGUGCCAAUUUGGAGGAGGAAGAUGACCAGGAACGGGCUCCAGCUGCCAACCAGCUGGCCGAGCCACCAGUAGUUGUAGUGCCUCCGCAGGGAAACAGGAUUCCGCUCUAUCGCACGGACAGCGGCUUCAACGAGACCUCCAGCACUUCGACCUUCGCCUGCUCCCAGGAUCUGCCCUUGGAUGUGUCCAUGGCCUGCUGCUCCACACCAUCCACCCGAUCUUGACCCGAGCUGCCAUUCGUAGGCCCUAGUUUCGUAGGCUAUUUAAUGCAAUAACUCCUUUUCCCAGGCUACAGAGAGGAAGACUCGAUUUUUAACCGCAAUGUAAACCCACCGUUUAUAUAUUUUGUAUUCGUAUCUUGUAUGUUCUUAGUGAAAAUUUGCCAAAUAGUUGAGUAAGCUGCGUGUUUCUGUCAUUCAUUAACUUAAUUCAUUCUCAUUGUUUUGUUUAGGGAACAUAAUAAAAAUCUUUCGAUGCCAUAUUUAGUUUAA